AUGGAUACUCAGGGCAAACGAUUACUAGCGAGGACGGUGGAUCAAAUUGCUGAACAUGAUCCGGAAAGACUGUUUGCGGUGAUCCCGCGAGGCCCAGACUUGUCGGAUGGGUUUAUGGACCUGACUAUGAAGGGAGCAGCUGAGGCCGUGAACUUUAUGUGCUGGUGGAUUGAGAACACCAUUGGACCCGCGGUCUCUCAUGAGACGUUGGCUUACAUGGGGAGCAAUGACGUGCGCUACUGUUUUUUUCUUCUUGCAUGCCAAAAGACCGGUUAUCAGGCCUUCUUGCCUUCCACAAGGAACUCGGAUGAGGCUCAUAUCCACCUGCUAAAGGCCUGCAACUGCACUAAAUUAUUCUUCAGUGAAGAGCGAAAGGCACGGAUCCUUGAAAUACAAGGACUCCACCCAACUGCCGCGAUAUUUCAAGUACCAACUCUCAACACAAUGCUUGAGGAUGAGAGUGGAGCACGUCCGUACUAUUUGAGAAAGUCCUAUACCGAUGCUGAAGAUGAAACAAUCUGUAUCAUCCACAGUUCGGGGACGACCGGUAUGCCAAAGAUAGUUCCCCUUAAAAAUGGAUUCUUUGCAGCUGUAGAUGCUAUGGCUCAGUUGUCAUGGCCUGCAGGUCGCCAGCCAAGCGCGUUUUUCUACUUGACCAACCAGGAUCGCGUCCUCGCUACGACCCCCUUUUUCCACUUGAUGGGGUUUAUGUCCUUUGCAUUCUCCAUCUUCCACAGUGUUCCUGUGGUUAUCGGCCCUGAUAAACCUCUGUCAGUGGAAUAUUUGACUGAACUUAUGCAAGUUACUCGCCCAACGGGUGCGCUUUACCCUCCUUCAGUUCUCGAGGACCUGAGCCAUUCGGAGAAGGCACUAGAGUCCAUUGGAUUCCUAAAGUUCGUCUGUUUCGGGGGCGCUCCAUUACCCUUGGAGACAGGUGAUCGAUUGCGCAAACACACCCAGGUGAUUUCUGUUAUCGGUUCCAGUGAGAUAGGCUGGAUCCCCUCGUUGGUGCCAGAAGAUGAAAGUAACUGGGACUACUUUGAAUGGAACCCGGCCUAUGGAAUCGAUAUGCAGGAUACAGGCGAUAGCCUAUAUGAAAUGGGCGUCUUCCAUACCUUCCCUGAUAUCGAUGUCUAUCGAACCAAUGAUCUCUAUAUCCAGCAUCCUUCUAAUCCCCGCCUGUGGAAAUACUAUGGUCGGCAAGAUGAUGUGAUUGCCCUGAGCAACGGAGAGAAGUUCAAUCCGGUCACAAUGGAAACUAUCAUUGAGGGGCACCCGCUCGUCUCUGGAGCCGUGGUGGUUGGCCAGUCCAGGUUUCAGGCCGCUCUUCUGAUAGAGUUGAACCUAGACAUGCCGGAGAUGGACUUAAAGCUCGUCAUCGAGGAAGUCUGGCCUACAGUACAAGCGGCAAAUCAAACCAUCGCCGCCCACGGCCGAGUGAUGAAGAGCAAGAUUGGAUUUGCCUCAAAGUCUAAGCCGUUCAAGAGAACCCCGAAAGGCACAAUCCAACGACGUGCCGUGCUUCGGGAAUACGAGAAAGAGAUCAACGCGAUCUACGAGACAAAUUUCGAAGAAGAUCCAGAGUACUGUCUCCCUGAGCCUCUAGAUCAGGAGACCGUCGUGGAGUAUACUCGUCAGGCUAUCGCUCGCGUCCUCGAGCAACCCCACAUUCCCAUUGACCAAGACCUCUACAGCCUUGGGUUGGAUUCAUUAAUGACCAUCCAGGUCGCCAGAGUGUUAGAGCGGGGUAUCCGGGUCCAUCGACCUGAGGUAAAACCACGCAUUAUUACCCCUCAGACCAUUUACGCCAACCCAACAGUGCAGCAUCUGGCGAAGGUCAUUUAUGGAAUGGUAGACGGUGAUGUACAGACCAAAAUCCCUCGAGAAGAGAAAAUCCGCCGUUUGGUGGAAAAGUACACUUCUGAUCUUCCUCGUACCCGGAAUAGUUCUCCUCGAGAGGGACCGAGUUCGCCCUCGACCGUGAUCUUAACUGGGUCCACUGGCUCACUAGGAACGUACCUCCUGUUUCAUCUGCUCAGCAUUCCGUCAAUCUCAAAGGUCUAUUGUCUGAAUCGCUCAGACGCUGAGAGUCGACAAAAGAAAAUUUUGGAUCAGAAAGGAUUGUCCGUGGACCCUGAUGACUGGUCAGCUAAGGUCGAGUUCCUCCAGGCCUCUUUUGGAGAACCACUACUCGGCCUAGAGAAAGAGAAAUACGCUGAACUGCUGGAAUCAGUGGACACAAUUAUUCACAAUGCCUGGAAAGUUGACUUUAACCUUGCAGUAGAGUCAUUCGAAGCCACUCAUAUCAGAGGCAUGCGCCAGUUUGUGGACUUUUGCCUGCAAAGUCAGUACAAUGCCCAUCUCCACUUCAUGUCUUCCGUUAGUACAGUGAGCGGAUGGACCCCCGAAAUGGGAUUAUCGGUACCAGAACUGCCGAUGGAGGACAGCAACUUGGUUCUCCCCCAAGGAUACGGCGAGUCAAAGCAUGUUUCGGAAUGUAUUUGUCUGGAAGCAUCACGGCUGUCGCGUGUUCCUGCAACACUAUACCGCGUGGGACAGAUUGCAGGGCCAACUACCUCGAGUGGACGAUGGAACCGACACGAAUGGCUUCCGACAAUCAUCGCAACGUCAAAGGCGAUGGGAAAGAUCCCCAACAAACUAGGCUCGAUGGUUGUUGAUUGGAUCCCAGUUGAUAAGCUCUCGUCUAUCAUAGUUGAGAUUGUGCAUACGCGCCAUGGAUACCGACCUGAGUCUCCUUCAGCAGUAUUCCAUCUCACCAAUCCCGAAAGCGCUCAGUGGUCAUCGCUCAUUCCGGCCAUCCAGGAGGAAUGCCAUGUUGAACCAGUUGAGUUUGCUGAGUGGGUUGCAGAGCUCGAGAGUAUUGAGAACCCAACCGCUACGGACGUGGCUAACAAGCCAGCUCUAAAACUGCUGAACUUCUAUCGCGGACUUGCUGCGAAUUCUGCGCUCUCGGUGGCUCUAGACACCCAGAGGGCGAAGGAAGCGAGUACAACAAUGAGAUCACUUGGACCAAUUUCGGCCCCUUUGAUGUCGAAUUGGUUACAGCAGUGGCGGUUUUGA